AUGACGGAAAAGGAAGAUGGUGACGUCCGCCUCGAGGCUAUGCCUGCAGUAGAUGCUCUUCUUGAGCUGGACGAGAUGUCCCUUGAAGAGUUUGGCAGUGCUUUAAAGGCAGGCGAUUUGGCCGAAGUGGUCAUUGUACGACCAGACGAGGAGAUAAACUCGUCAUCGCGUCUGGAUGAAGCUGUCUUGGAGGACACCAAGAGAGUGCUAAUCGCACGAAGUGGAUCGUCGAUCCCACGGAAUCCCUUGGAUCCGUACUAUCCUUUGGUAAAAGAACUUCAAGACGUCGUCUUCAAAGACCCACCCUCGGUCCUACCUCCGGACCGAUGUGUGUGUCAUGAAAUUGACUUGGUUCCAGGAACCAAAUACUGCGAACCCGCCAAUGGACCCUACCAAAGGAGCUGUGCGACGCCAUUGACGCAUUUGUCCGUGCGAAGCACGACGCAGUGA